ACGAGAACGCGAAAGCGAACGCCAUAAGAAGGAAGGUGAAGCAAAUGAAAGCAGGAAGUGAGAAAAUCUCUCUCCGUUUUCAACUCUAACUGUAACUGUCUUCCACUCCACCAACUUCUUUCUCUCAGAUCUCGAUGAAACCCUAAUUCUUCUCCAAUUCCAUUCCUCAUUCCUCUCUUCCUUUUUGCCGCCACUCUCUCUAUUCUCUUUCAUCCGAUUUAUGCUUCGCUCGCUUCCGAUUUCUUCGGAUUUUUGACUCCGAUAUUUUUUUUUACAGUAAAAUUAUUGACUCUAGAUUCGUUAUGAUAAUGAUGAUGAUGUUGUAGCAGUACUAGUAGUAGAUAUUAUUGUUGAAUAAUAAUAAUUAGAAGAGAAAAUGGAUGAUAGAGGUGCCUCAUUCGUCGCUGUUAGAAGAACUACUCCUCAAGGAGAUACCUGCAAUUCAAAUUCUGGUACUGAGGCUGUGGCAGGAUCAGCAGCAUGGCUUGGUAGGGGUCUGUCUUGUGUCUGUGUACAGAGAAGAGAUAGUGAUGCUUCUAGCACUUUCGAUUUUACUCUAGCCCAGGAGGAAUGCUUGCAGAGGCUACAAAGACGAAUAGAAGUUCCAUAUGAUAGUUCUAUAAUUGAGCACCAGGAGGCACUUAGGGCUUUAUGGAAUGUUGCAUUUCCCGAAGAAGAACUUCGCGGCUUGAUAUCUGAGCAGUGGAAGGAAAUGGGUUGGCAAGGGAAGGAUCCAUCAACAGAUUUUAGGGGUGGUGGUUUUAUUUCUUUGGAGAAUUUUUUGUUCUUUGCUAGGAAUUUCCCGAAAUCCUUCCAGGAUCUUUUAUGGAAGCGGGAAGGAGAUCGUUCCGUGUGGGAAUAUCCAUUUGCUGUUGCUGGUGUUAACAUCACAUUCAUGCUGGUGCAGAUGCUUGAUCUUGAAGCAGUCAAGCCACGCACACUGGUGGGAGCAACUUUUGUAAAAUUUCUUGAAGAAAAUGAAUCAGCUUUUGAUCUUCUCUACUGCAUAGCUUUCAAGCUGAUGGAUCACCAAUGGCUUUCUAUGCGUGCCUCAUACAUGGACUUUAAUGCAAGUAUCCCUUAAUCUCAGCUUGUAGGAGAAAUAAGACGGUGAUGAAAUCUACACGUCGCCAGCUAGAGAAAGAGCUUCUUCUAGAAGAAGUAUCGCGUCUUGAAGAUUUACCCUCUUACAAAUUACUUUCACGAUAGAUAUCAUCAGUUCAAAGAAACCUAUCAGUCUCCUGGAGUUUUAGCUUUGAAGGCGUUUGUACAUGAAGUGUUGCUUCUAUUAUAACUUCCAUGCCUGGCAUUCAGCAUGCAAUAACAUUUCAGCAAGUCCGAGUCAAAUCUUUUUACAUUGAUGCAAGCUUAAAAAGCAUUAUAUACAUAUGUGUUUGAUUUAGAUUGUAACCAACACAAACUGAAAAAUAACAAUUCCCGAGGAGCUGAUUUCUUCCGAAGGAAUAAUUUGUUGGUUCCAUUAGAAUGACCUUGGGAGGCUCCUGAACCCUAAACAGGGAUGUCAGCAAGGUUUGAGAUGCAGUAGAUAAGCUUUUAGUCUUGUUUGAGGAUGAUAUUAUUGGCAGACAUGAUUGCCAUGAGUCUUGAAAUGUAAAAUUGUUGGGUGUUAGAUUUUAAUGAAUUGUUUGUAACUUUUGCCCGUUUCCCCUCACGUGCUUAAUCUACCAUAUUGGAUUUUUGGCUGGUGUAUUCGAGGUGACUACAUCUUCCUUA